CUCUCCAUCCCUACUCCGAUCUCCAACCUCCCUCCAUUCCACAGUUCACAUUCACCAUUUUCUACUCUCCAAAACCGUCCUAGCUUGGCGGACUAUCUCACCUCCAAGCUGAGUCCAGGACUCCAAACGCCCACGCCACUGGACCAACCAAAAACCCUUGUUUCAGUCAGACAACACACACAGUAGGCAACAAGUGCUCUACCAACUCGCCCCUGUCCCACGCACUCGCUUCGCCACACCAAUCAACCACACCACCAUACCAUACCCAUCGAUCGAUAUCGUCCUCUGUUGUUCAAUUUUUGCCUGAGCCAUCAUCCAUGUCGCCCUCCCCCGCCGAAACAUUGGAUUCAACAGUAUCCAUUCGACCCCGUCCGACUGUCACUGCUUCGCCCACGACGUCCAUUUGGCGGGACCUUCCCGAGAGUGUCUUCCGCCAACAUGUCGUGGAUUUGGAGAAGCUGACCAAUGCUGUGCCUGUCGAUGCCCAAGCGUUCCCACUUCCACCCCCUUUGCCUGAUGUUCUACCCACCGACGUUGCCUCAAUCGCUGAUCCAAAUGGGGAAGCGGGAGCACAUGGUAAAGUGCACGCAGAUGACGCGACUGGGGGAGCGCGCGACCACUACCGAGACUCUAAUGACCAUCACAUCCAUCUUCGUCCCCGCCAGCUGACACUGGCCGACGAACAACGUCUAGCGGACGACAUCGCAUACCUCGUUGCUGUCGGAGAAGGGGCGCAGUCCGUUGCUGCUACCACCGUUCAGGAAAGUCGAGCUGGCCAUCGGGGAAAUGGACCGUCGCAAAUUGCAGGGCUCAGGGUCGCCAUCGCCUCCGUCGACGCCAUCGAGCCCGGUUCGCAAACCUUUCUCCGCUCCCUUUUCCAUCUCCUUGUGGCCGUGCCGCCCGCCAAGACACUUCCUGGCCUUCUGGAUGCGGUGGUCCGGCAUCACCACAACCGUCUCCUGAACCGCCUUCGCUCCGCCAAAUGGAAGAAACCCGUAUACCUCUCCCGAACCCACAAGAAACCCCUGUAUGCCGAUUUCGCAAACCUUGUCCAUCGCGUCCAAUUUCUCUACACCAAAAAAGAAGCAGCCGCGAGGGCGCAGCUCCAAGACCAGCUCUUGGCCAUGGCGAACCUCCUGGAAGCUUUUGAGUCCGAGGCGAACGACCAUGAGAAGCUUGUCGAGAUAGUGCGAUCCACCUACGACUUUUGCAUUUCGCCCUCCGUCGCAACCUAUCUUCAGCGCUUGCAGGCCGGCAGGGCGACAACUCAAAUUCAGGCCUGCCUCAAAACGCUACGUCAGCUCGAGAAGAUAGCAGCUUAUUACCGCAUUUGUCAAACCCUGACAAGGCUAUCCCAAUCUCACCCGACGGUUUUUGGUCGCGUGGAGCUUCUCUUUCUGUCUCCGUUCGAGGCAGUGCCUCUCAGUCCCGCCUUGGCCUACCAACCUUGGGCAAAGUCAACCCACGUGCACGCUGAGAUUAUCCUGACUAUUCAUCACGAUUUGGAGAAGCCAUACGGUCCUUGGCACAAGCCGAGAUGCCUCGGCGCAUCCAAGUACUUUUGCUAUCUCUGCUACCUUUUCAUCCGACAUCACGGGGCCUACUUUGCAGCCAACACGCACGGGGCUUGCUACGAUCAAUGGACGAUACCGGACCUCGCCGACUACCCCCAGUCAGUCGCCGACCACUACCGAGACGUACUGCAGGCGAUGGACGCCGAGAUUUUGCUUCACACACAAGGCGCGGUCUGGAGACCAGAGCCAAUGACUAGUCGUGAGAAUCUGAUAGAAACCGCAGGGGAAGAACCUCGUUAGCUACCACCUGCUAAAAUGGCACCAGCUUGGUCCGCGGUCACUUGCAAACUCACCUUGAAUACGAUACGCACGUUUCCGAGCCAUGACUCUGCUGUCAAGUGUAGAUCGUUUUACUCUGCGCCCGCUUCAGGGACUGCACGAUUCAGGUAAGCUCGCCGGCUCCGUGCCCGCGGACUAUUUUUUUUCAAAGCAUAACAUUGCCUCCAGCAAACCCCCUUGAAUUCUAAUGUGAAAGUUCCAUCGUCGUGCUCUCCAGAGCUAGUAUAGACACGAUUGCCAAGAGCGUAACUGCGUUUAAGUUUUUGCUUGGCUUCCAAUAUGUUUGUCCGUUUUGCGCGUUGGUCAGACCAACAUGCCCUCCUGGAUCCUUGUACUUUAACUAUUAACGCCCCAACGCAUUG